AUGGGGGCUUGGUCGGACGAUGAGGAUGACUUUGAUGAAAGUUCUGGUUCUGGUGACGGUGGCGCUGUCGCUGACAGCGGUAGUCCUGACGAUGAGUCCAGCAAGGACUACGAAAUACAUAAUGAUCUCCCAGAAACUGUGAUCCCUGUGUCAUCGUCAUCAUCAUAUGACUAUUCGGUAUUAUGUAUGGCGUUGCCUAGAAUUUAG